AUGUGAGGACUCUCCCGGGCUGCUAUUCCGGGGACCAGCGGGGGGCUGGAGGAAGAAUUACGCAUCGAGGUCCGCGGCGUGGUGGACUUAAUAAGUUCCUGAAUCCCACCACGUGAUCAGCGGGUGUCUGCGGUGCCUCUCCUGCGGGGCUUCGGGCUGAAGUGUUCGGCGUCCAACUUGAACGUCUCAUUCAUUUCUUGGUUCGACGGUUUUCGCCAGCAGGACGGAGCCGAUCCUGCGCGCACCGGCCAUGGACUGAAAUCCUCGGCCGACGACUAUUCCCGCGCACGGACAAUAAUAAAUGAUCGAGGAGACGAUGACCCUGCUGUCCCUCCUAGGUCGAAUCAUGCGCUAUUUCCUCCUCAGACCGGAGACCCUCUUCCUGCUCUGCAUCAGUCUCGCCCUGUGGAGCUACUUCUUCCACACGGACGAGGUGAAGACCAUCGUCAAGUCCAGCCGGGACGCGGUCAAGAUGGUGAAGGGGAAAGUGGCCGAGAUGAUGCAGAACGAGCGCUUCGGCGGCCUGGACGUCCUGGACGCGCAGUUCGCCAAGACGUGGGAGUCGAAGAGCACCGACGUCGCCGUCUACUCCAUCCAGGGCCGGAGAGACCACAUGGAGGACCGCUUCGAGGUGCUCGCCGACCUCGUCAACAAGAGCCACCCGUCCAUUUUUGGGAUUUUUGACGGCCACGGUGGAGAGGCGGCUGCUGACUAUGCCAAGGCUCACCUGCCUGAAGCGCUGCGCCAGCAGCUGCUGACCUACGAGCGGGAGAGAGAGCGGGACAGAGAGAAGGAGAAGGAAAAAGAGGAGAGAAAAAAGAUGUCCUACCCGUCCAUCUUGGAGCAGCAGAUUCUGGCGUUGGACCGGCAAAUGUUGGAAAAGCUGUCCUCCACAUACAAUGAAGCAGGCACCACGUGUCUGGUGGCCCUCUUGUCCGAUAAGGAGCUGACGGUGGCCAACGUGGGCGAUUCCCGAGGAGUGUUGUGCGAUAAGGACGGCAACGCCAUUCCUCUAUCACACGACCACAAGCCGUACCAGCUCAAGGAACGCAAGAGGAUCAAAAAAGCUGGCGGCUUCAUCAGCUUCAACGGCUCGUGGCGCGUCCAGGGCAUCCUGGCCAUGUCCCGCUCGCUGGGCGACUACACCCUGAAGAACCUCAACGUGGUGGUCUCCGAUCCCGACGUGCUGUCCUUUGACCUGGACAAGGUGCAGCCCCGCUUCAUGAUCCUGGCGUCGGACGGCCUUUGGGACACCUUCAGCAACGAGGAAGCGGUGCGCUUCGUCCGAGAGCGCCUGGACGAGCCUCACUUCGGCGCCAAGAGCAUCGUCCUCCAGUCGUACUACCGCGGUUGCCCCGACAACAUCACCGUCAUGGUGGUGAAGUUCAAAGGGAAGGCUGGUGAGCAGUAGACACUUUUUGUGGGAUUUCUAUUACAGAUGAGCGCUCCGCCCCCUUUUUUAUUUAUUUGCUUUUAAAGUACGCAGUAAGGAUGUCCGUCAAGCGUGGACGUGAUUGUGUCGCGUUGAAGCAAAAAGAAGUGCACUACUCGGCUGCACUAGAUGCAAAUCCAUGCUAUAGCGCGGCUCCUCGGAAUAUUCCGAGAGCCACGUUCUGCCGUCCCAUUGAAAAUAACACGACACUUGCUUAUUGCAUCAGUAUGAGCAGCUUAAAAGUCAUUCUUUUAAAUCUCUUCAUGUCCCUAGAAACAUUUCCUAAUGGAUUUAAGUCUAGUCCCAGACUUUAAACCUCUUCUAAAGUACCGAGGCCCUUGUUUUGUUGACGUCAACGCACCACGGGAGGUGAGUAACUUGAUGUCAUGCUGCAAGGUGUUCUACAAAAGCAGUGAACUUGUCACGUUGUGUAAAUGGUAAAUAAAAAGAGAAUACGACAAAUCCUUUUCAACUUACCGUAUUUUCCGCACCAUAAGGCGCCCUGGGUUAUAAGCCGCGCCUUCAAUGAACGGCAUAUUUCAAAACUUUGUCCACCUAUAAGCCGCCCCGUGUUAUAAGCCGCAUCUAACUGCGCUAAAGGAAUGUCCAAAAAAACAGUCAGAUAGGUCAGUCAAACUUUAAUAAUAUAUUAAAAACCAGCGUGAUGUGGGCGCGCAUGGAGUCGUAUACACAAUGUUGUGUUAAAUUGCUAUGUGUGUGUAUCUUUUCAUCGUCUGUGGCUUUCAAACUGGACACGAAGUCAUCCACUAUUUAUGUUCAUAUUUGACAAUA